AAAGGAGACUAUGAGUGCAAUAUCUGUAAACUGAGACUGGAAACCGCUGACGAAUUGGCCUACCAUCAGGCGAAUCAUCGUAAAAGAUUCAAAUGUACGAUUUGCAACAUUAUGCGUGCGAACCGCAGCACAGUGCGCGAUCACUAUACCUCGCAUCACUGUAAUGGAGCGUAUCAGUACUUCUGUCCACAGUGCGCCAAGUGCUUUAAACGCCAAGCAUCUCUACGGAAACACAUACUUCACGUACAUAACAAGAAACGUGUUAUGUGCGACUAUUGCAAUAAGAGUUAUUCCGGUACACACGGACUCAAGAACCAUUUGAUAUUGAGACAUCCAACCGAAGUAUCAGCGACAAAAAGACCCAAGAACUUCAUCUGCAAAGAAUGCGGAAUGGCUUUCCUAUCUCCUUCCCAUCUGAGGAUACACAGUGUGAAACAUUCUAGCGCGAGGAAUUUUUACUGCGUCGAGUGCGAUAAGAGUUUCAAGACGUCCGUUGCAUUGAAGCAGCAUUUGAAGAUAGCUGUGCCUCACGUCAAUUAUUUAGAAUUACCUAUACAAUGUGAUCAAUGCGAGAAAAGGUUCAGCUGCCGACGAGGCCUGGACUCUCACGCCAAUCGGGUCCAUUUCAACAUAAAGCCAUUCCAAUGUGACCAAUGUGACAAGGCGUACACUCGAUUGGAUUCGUUGACUAUGCAUAAGAAGAAGAUUCAUGAAGGAUAUACCCUGCCACGCAAGUUCCCCUGCCCAAUGUGCGAUAAGAUCUUUGAUCGAAACGCCAUACUUAAAAGCCACAUCAGAACACACACGGGCGAGCGGCCAUAUCAAUGCAGUAAAUGCCCAGCGACGUUCAGCCAAGCAGGCAUUUUAGGCACUCAUAUGAAACUCAUACAUCUCAAGCUUACGAGGGACGGUCGACCCCGGGCUUCGAAUAGCACUAUUAAUGUUGAAUAG